CAUGGCUGGGGUAGAUGCUAAAGAGUUUCCCAAGAUACCUGAAGAGGAUAUGGAAGAACUGAUGGCUGCUUUUGGGAAAGGAAACCUCCCCGAAGCAGCUGCUAAAGCGAAAGAGUCUCUGGAGAUGGUUGAUAAAAUCACUAUCAACAUCGCUGUCACGGGGGAGGCGGGCUCUGGAAAAUCGUCCUUUGUCAACGCCAUCCGGGGCCUGGGGGAUGACGACGAAGGUGCUGCUGAGACAGGGGUGAAUGAAACGACAAUGGAGCCCACUGCUUACCCACAUCCUAGCUACCCAAAUGUAAUAGUCUGGGAUCUGCCAGGGAUCGGGACCCCAACAUUUAAAUCAGACACGUACCUCGAGCAGGUGGGGUUCAGUCGCUACGACUUUUUCAUCAUCAUCUCCUACACCCGCUUCAAAACCCACGAUAUUGAACUCGCCCAGGAGAUCCAGAGACAAGGGAAGAAGUUUUACUUUGUGCGCUCCAAGGUGGACCAGGAUUUGACAAAUGAGAAAACACUGUAUGACGAGAAGGGAAUCCUGAAGCAGAGGAAAGCUGCCACGAAAAGGCCACAUCAGUACAGUGAGAGUGCGAUCCUCGAUGCCAUCAGAGAGAAUUGCAUCAAAGGCCUGGGAGAAGCAGAGGUGACCUCCCCACGGGUUUUUCUUGUAUCUAGAGGGGACUUAGGCAAGUACGAUUUUCCCAAAUUUCAGGAAGUGCUAGUGGAUGAGCUCCCCGGUCACAAGAGACGCGCUCUUCUACGAUCCCUGUCCAAUGUUUCUAAAGAAAUCCUGGAGAAGAAAAGAGAACAACUGCAAGCACAGAUAGGGAUGAAAAGUCUGGCGUCAUGCGCAGUCGCUGCUGUUCCUAUCCCAGGUCUCACCAUUGUUUGCGACAUCGCCAUCCUGGAGACGUCCCUGAAAGAGUUCUGCAGGGACUUCGGCCUCAAUGAAAACGCUCUCGCUGCACUUGCUAGGCAGGCUAACAAGCCCAUUGCAGAGCUGAAGGCCGUUAUAAAGUCCCCACUGAGUGAGGAAAUAACAGGCGAUCUUGUAACUAAUCUACUGACCAAGUGCGCAGCUGGGGUAGUGAAAUUUGUUACAUUUUUCUUCAAUUUUAUACCUCUGUUAGGUUCCAUAAUAUCUGCAGCAGCUUCUUACCCUACCACAUACUACAUGCUGCAGGAUUUCCUGAAUGAUGCUGCUGAUGACGCUGCCCGAGUUCUGGAGGUGGUUAUGGAGGGAGCCAUUUCCAACGCAGAGAAACAGCGCGAAACCAUCUACACCCCCUGAAAGGAAGAAACGUCAGCAUACGGGAGGAUCAAAGUAAAGACCCUGUCCCAGCUGGAGCUCGGCGCUCAAAGCUGUAGGAAGUCUCAUGAAAUUGCCCUUUCCGCACUGGGUGUGAAACUUCACCAUAACUGAGCUCUGAGCUCCAUUUCCACUGAGGUCUCCCAAGCACCAUAACAUACCGAAUUUGAUUCAGCCACAAAAGGGGUGGGGGUGGGGGGAAUCCUGAUUGACACUGUUCUUUGUUUUUUCUUUAUUUCACCAGCGAAAGAGGCCAAAUUGUAAUAAUCAUAGAAUCAUAGAAGACUAGGGUUGGAAGAGACCUCAGGAGGUAUCUAGUCCAACCCCCUGCUCAAAGUAGGACCAA